GAUGCAAUUGAAGUAAUGGAAAUGGAUCCAACAAAUAAUAAUAAAAACAUAUCUACAUUUCAAAAUAACCAUAAGAAUGAUUUACUGUUGGAUAUUGAAUUGGAAGAGAGAAAAAUUGCUUUGUUAGAACGUCAAACUAGAAUUAGAAAAGAGGCUACUGAAGUAAGGCUAUGA